UUCCCCACAGGAAAAGUCCUGAUAAAUACCCGUGACACGGCACCCACCAUCAAACCCUACCCCGCGACUUCCUUCCGGUUGCUUCCGCCGAGCGACUUCCGAUCCCCCCUCGAUUCCGGCAGCCCGAUCACUUCGAUCAAUCCCGUCGCCGCCUGCGCCCUUCCGUUGGCUGGAGAUGGCCAAGACUUCCUUCAAGCUCGAGCACCCCCUGGAAAGGAGGCAAGCUGAAUCUGCUAGGAUCCGUGAGAAGUACUCUGACAGGAUUCCUGUGAUCGUUGAGAAGGCUGAUAAGUCUGAUGUCCCAGAAAUCGAUAAGAAGAAGUACCUUGUCCCUGCUGACCUAACUGUUGGUCAGUUUGUCUAUGUGGUGCGGAAGAGGAUCAAGCUGAGCCCAGAAAAGGCCAUCUUUGUCUUCGUGAAUCAAAGUUUGCCACCAACUGCUUCGCUGAUGUCUGCGAUCUAUGAAGAGAACAAGGACGAGGAUGGCUUCCUGUACAUGACUUACAGUGGCGAGAACACGUUCGGCUCUGCGUAAUGCAUCUGAACUGCCACUGUAAAUAAAAGGAGGAGAUCAGGCUGUCGUCAUCUUCCCCUAUGUACAUGCUUCAUCUCUAGUAUGCUGCUGGAUUGCUGCCAUCGUUUAAUGCGUCUUUAUGUGUUCGGUAUCUACUAUUAUCUGAAAGUCUGAAUGGCCUGUAAAACCCAUAUAUACUACGGUUUCCUAUUAUUCCUAAAGGGUCGAAGAAUUGCCUAUUAAUGCUUA